AUGAGAAGGAAGAUACAGACAAAGAAAAUUAACAGUAAAACAGCAAGACAAGUGACUUUCUCAAAGAGAAGGAAAGGUCUCUUCAAGAAGGCACAGGAGCUCUCGACUCUUUGUGAUGCUGAGAUUGCCCUCUCAGUCUUCUCUUCUAAUGGCAAGCUCUUUGAUUAUGCUAGCUCGAGUAUGCGGCGGGUAAUUGAAAGGUACGAUCAACAUUCUGUCGUUCAAAGACUAGGCCAAUCAUCUACUGAUCUGCAGCUUGGAGGUGAUGAGACUAAGCUGCACAAGGUGGUAGCAGAAAGGACUCGUGGAUUGAGUUUGAAGGAGAGAUUGGUUGAAAUGACGAGAAGGAAGAUAGCAAUAAAGAAGAUCGAGAACGUAGCUGCGAGGCUGGUGGCUUUCUCAAAGAGAAGGAAAGGUCUAUUCAAGAAGGCUAUGGAGCUGUCAACUCUCUGUGAUGCUGAGAUUGCUCUCUUAGUAUUUUCAGCUUCGGGCAAACUCUUUGAUUAUGCCAGUACAAGCACGAGGCAAGUAAUUGAAAGGAGAAACCUAUACUCAGAUGUGAACCUUGUGAAGUCAUACCAGCCACCUCAAGAGCUACAGGUUGAAGGUGAAUAUUUUAAGCUAAACAAGGAAGUAAAAGAGAAGACUCUUGAAAUAAGACAGCUCAACGGAGAAGAUCUGCAAGGGCUGUCUGUAAAAGAUCUGAGGAAGCUAGAAGAUUUACUUAGCACAAGCUUGCAUCGCAUUUCAAAAGCAAAGGUUAAAGUAUUUGAGCAGGAGAUCAAUAUUCUAAAGAAAAAGGCCCAAUGGCUUGAGGAUGAACAAUAUCAGCCAUCAGACACAGUCUCCCGCAACAAGGCAAGUUGCUAUAAACGCCACUGA